AUGCUGCUGUGUGACGCCUGCGGGCAGGCGCUGUCUUCUGAGCCGACGGCGCGGCGGAACGGGUGGCGCACACCCCUAGGCCGUCAGCAUCGCUGCCCGCUCUGCAGCGCCGCCGCCCCGGGCUGUGACGAGCUCCGCCGGCACAUCGAGAUGACCCACCCGGGACCGCCGGACGGCCCCUGGUCAGAGCUCGUCGAGGGGCUGCCCGAGUGCCCCUUCUGUGGGGAGGCGGCGGGACGGGAGCUUGAGGCGCACGUCAGGGCGCGGCACGGGCACCUGCUGGGAGCCCCGGGCACAGACACAGGAAAUGGUGACCAGCUGUAUGAAUGUCCAAUGUGCAGCCUUACCUGUACAAACAUUCAGAUUCUUCAGGAACAUGUGGAUUUACAUUUAGAGGAACAUAACGUUUCAGAAGGUGGGAACAUAAAAGAUCUAGAACUGGCUCAACGGCUCCAGAGUGAAGAAGAUGAGUGGCAGAGGUCAGAAGAGGAGAAACGAGAACAGGAAGAAUUUAAAAAGCUGCAGAGACAGUAUGGCUUGGAUAAUUCUGGAGGCUACAAACAGCAAUUCCUAAAGAAUAUGGAAAGGGAAGUUAACAGAGGAAGGAUGCAGCCUUUUGAAUAUCACAGGAGAAAAGCUGACAUGAUGGAAUGUUUGGCUUUUGGUAUAGAUGAUGGGAAAACAAAGACCUCAGGAAUCAUUGAAGCACUGUGCAAAUACUAUCAGAGUGAAAACAAAGACAUGAGGCGCGUAUGGCUGUCAGCAGGAGUAGAUCAUUUCCACUCAUCUGUGGGUGACAGAGGCUGGGGUUGUGGUUACAGGAAUUUCCAAAUGCUCCUUUCCUCACUCUUGCAAAACAGCCUCUAUAAUGACUGCUUGAGAGGUGCCACACUAAUUCCUGGUAUACCAAAGAUUCAGUCCAUGAUUGAAGAUGCCUGGAAAGAAGGCUUUGAUCCUCAAGGGGCAUCUCACUUCAACAACAAAUUACGUGGUUCCAAAGCAUGGAUAGGAGCAUGUGAAAUUUAUUCACUGUUAACCAGUCUCAGAAUAAAGUGUCAAAUCAUUGACUUCCACAAACCAACUGGCCCUGGGGGCACACACCCUCGGUUAUUCGAGUGGGUUUUGCGCUACUAUUCUGCAGAUAAUGAAGGUGGUGCAAAAGUUGUGUGUACCUCCAAACCACCUAUCUACCUGCAGCAUCAAGGUCAUAGUCGUACUGUUAUUGGAAUAGAAGAGAAGAAGAAUAAAACCUUAUGUUUGCUGCUGUUUGACCCAGGAUGUUCUUCCCAAGAAAUGCAGAAACUGCUAAAACAAAACAAUGAUGGUACUAGUCUCAAACCACUCCGGAAAUUCCUGGGUAGCUUAAAAGAAAAGCAAUACCAGAUCGUGGCUGUAGAUGGUGUACUCUCACUGGAAGAGAAAGCUGCUCGUUGCUGUGCUUCUCAGGUGUUAACAUCAGAGAAGAUUCCUUAAAGGAUGCCUAUACUACUUCUUUCUGGAGUUUGCUGGAUGCAAGACAUGAAACUUAGAGACUGUGACCAUAACUGAGCAAUUUCUAGAUUUAAACUGUAUCUCCAUAAAUGCCUGGGGCUCUGGAGAAGCACGCCACCUGGAGUUUUGAUCUUCAAUAAAUCUCUGCCCUCACGAUGAAUCUGUAACUGAAGUAUUACACUCCUUGUCUUCCUAGAAAAUUCAGUGUUUUCUUAGUUGCUUAAAUUACCAAGCAACAGUUUGGCAUCCCAUAGCUAACUAUGCACUAUAGUUAACUGUCAGUGAACAGUGGAUAGAGGAUGCUAUGGAACUACUUUA